CUUUCAAGUGUUGACCAAAUGCAUCUGCUGGCAAUUGCCGAUACAUUAAGUCAUUUCUCAUCCGACGUUAUGGAUAAACUAACUUUGGCGAACGCAGGCAUAUUUUUGUCACAUACGUUUCAAGCAGCACAACCUCGUGUGAUGAGUGAUGCGGCCACUGGUUAUGCAACACCGACGGUUGGUUUUGAAACUGUUGACGAAUGUGGAUUGCGAUAUUUGAUGGCUAUGAAACAACACGAAUAUCUUUUAUUGUGUCUUCCGUUGCAGCAAAAGCGUACACUUCGUAUCAGGCCAUUCACUGCGAUCUUUUUUGUGAAACUGUGGCCGGGACAAAGAGCUUGUGGUUUUAUUCUGAAUGAGUCCGUUUUCAGGGGUCUCUCGCCAUCACAAAUUAUCUGGGCAUUGCAUUCGGAAACCGAAACCGAAUUGCUAAAUGCAAUCCCGUGCCUUCAAAAGCCCAGUGUCACGUGGGAUGAGUUACGUGCUUUAGGAGUUGCGUGGUGGCUGAAAAACACGUCCUCGCUACGGAUGAUUAUCGAAAGGCUAGCGAAAGCGGCUUUCCAACAAAACCAGGAUCCAAUGGAUGCGUCGCUGUAUUACCUGCUGAUGAGGAAGAAAAACAUACUAACUCAUUUGUUUAAGACUGUGAGGGACAACAAAAUGUUGGACUUCUUUAUGCACGACUUCAGUGAAGAAAGAUGGAAGAAAGCGGCAUUGAAGAAUGCAUUUGUGUUGAUGGGAAAGCAACGAUUCCAUCAUGCUGCUGCUUUCUUCCUCUUAGCCGGCUCCAUGAAAGAUGCCAUACAGACAGUACUGAACAAAUUGCAAGAUCUGCAACUUGCUAUGGUGAUUGUUCGUCUCUAUGAAACCGACUACGAAGAACAGGGGAACAUGCUGAAAGAAUUGCUCUGUCGGGAAAUACUUGGUGCCGAGACUGCAAAUUUGAAGGAUUUAGACAGUACACUGCCACCUCCCACAGCACAUCGAAACCCAUUUGUGCGGUCGAUGGCCUAUUGGCAUCUGAAGGAAUACAUACGUGCGGCGAGCACUCUGGUUGAUGAGGCGGGUUACGUACAUUUGAACAGCUCCAUGGAUGAGUAUUCUCUUUCCGAUAUAUUCAACUUCUACUCGUUUAUACGUACACAUCCACUUGUAGUUCGACAGAAACUUGCCAGUUCUGGAAUUCAGAUGGGUUCCACUGAAAAUUUCCUGGCGGCCGCGAAAAAUCUUGCCUCUGUUAUGACAUCUUCGGAACGAAGGCUGUAUUUUCGUACUGCAAGUGCUCAUAUGUCGUCAGGUUGUCCACUGCUUGCACUUGAUGUAUUGGCCCGAGUGCCGAAGAACCGGAGUGUACGCGAGUCAUCAUCGUUCUCCUCCGCCAUCACUGUACUGGGCGUAAGCUUUUCUUUUCAUUCACCAGGCGCUUUUACAAUUAUUUUGAUGGGAGCUACGUUCAGUACGCUAGUAUGGGGUAAGCUAAGCAACAGAAAGGAUGAAGAGAACAGGAAUGAGCGAGCAGAUGCUUUUGACUGGAGUGUUCCGGUUUCUGCGCAGGUGAAUGAACAAGCGAGCUUGGAAUUGAGUGGUUUCGGUGAGGACGAGUAUGAUGAUUACGAAGUGAGCGAGAGUAAUGGUGAAGACGCUUUCAAUGAGCCAAAAAAGGAGGAGAAGGAAUGCGCUACCACCAUAGACGUUAUCGCGCAGCACAUGAAGUUUAUUGCAACCAUGCGGCUUCUGGUCGAAGAAUUGGCUAGUCUAGCGAAUGGUUUUGAGGUGGAUGGUGGUCAGCUGCGUUAUCAGCUCUUGAAUUGGCUAGAGGGCGGUGUUGAAGUGUUACAAAAAAUAUGCGAUUAUCGUAGCGAUUCUAAUAAAAUAGCGGACACUGAGACUUGUGAGAAAGAUGGUUACAAGGUCAGCAACGAUAUAAGAAUCCAGCCUCACACGUAUGUUAGCCGUCGUGAAGGAACGGCGUUCGCAGUUAAUUUGGAGAACCAUAGUAGCGGCGAUGAAAUUUGCUGUGAUCAGCACUACUGUCAAGGGAAAAUAGGGAAGCGAAUUUUGUGA